AAGUUCAUCCUGAUGGACAACCCCAGCAAACUGUACACCAUCAUCCAGGAAGACCUGCCAGCAGCCAACGGGAUCAUACACAUCAUCGACCAGCCAAUGACCAACACUCUCUCUGACCGGUCCCUUCGUGAUGAACAGUUUGCUGAUAAGACAAUCGGAGAGAUUCUGACAAAGGAUGACAAAUACAACCGCUUCCUGUCUCUGGUUGAUAACUGCGGGUCACCACCACCCUUGCGGGGUCUGGGUCCUCUGACUGUGUUCGUCCCUUCAAACGACGCUGUGGACAAAUCCAGAGACGGCAGCAUCUUGUACAUGCUGAAUUCAGCCAAAUAUAAACUGCAGGAACUUCUCAGGCACCAUGUUUUCUCCAAGGCCGGGCUGACAGUCGCCGAGUUGGCUACUCUCCCUCAGAUUCGUACGAUGGCCAAUCAGAUUGUCACCAUCACUGUGUCCGAAGAUGGUGCGAUCCUUCUGGGGGAGAAGGGCAUCCGUCUGUCGAGCACCAACAUCAUGGCGUCCAACGGAAUAAUCCAUUUGAUUGAUGGGCUUCUCUUCCCGCCCUCCAUCCUCCCCAUCUUGCCUCACCGCUGUGAUGUCACAGAGAGCAAGAUCACUGUGGGUCCAUGUGUUCACUGCAGUUACCUCUUUGAGACUGACUGUCCAGAAGGCACCACUGAAUUGGACUCUCAUCAGACCGGCUGUACUUACAUAGUGUCUCGCCUCAACACCCAACUCAGUUCAGGAUGUGCCAAAUUCUGCAACGCCACCAACACGGUAGCACAGUGUUGUAAAGGUUUUUAUGGUCCGGACUGUAAACCCUGUAUCGGAGGAUUCGAGCACCCUUGCUAUGACAAAGGAGCGUGCUUUGACGGUAUCCAAGGCAACGGGUCGUGCAGCUGUCAGUCAGGCUUCAAGGGUGUCGCCUGCCACAUCUGCGCAGAUCCAUCCAAGCACGGAGAGAAAUGUGACGAAGAGUGUCGCUGUGUCCACGGUGUGUGUGAUAACCGUCCAGGCAGCGCUGGUGUGUGUCGGAGAGGAUCCUGUCUAGAGGGAUAUUCGGGAGAACACUGUGACAGGACGGCCACGCCCUGCAACUCUGACGGCCAGCAGGAACACUGCCACAUCCACGCAUACUGCACACACACGGGACUGGAGAACAAGUGUUGGUGUCGGGAUGGAUAUGAUGGUGACGGUCACUCCUGUUCUCCCAUCAACCCCUGCCUACUGAGCAGCCGAGGAGGCUGCAACACCAACGCAAGGUGUGAGUAUGCGGGUCCAGGUAAUGCGUCAUGUGUGUGUGCUGAGGGUUGGACAGGUGACGGCAGAGUGUGUGUGGAGAUCAAAAACUGUCAGCUGAAGCGUCGAGGAGGCUGCAGCCCCAACGCCGACUGCAACCACAUCGGACCUGGACAG